AUGAUGAUCCCAAGCAUCCUUACGCCUAAUGCGAUGUACCCAGGCCUUUACCGCCCCUCCGCCUCCUUGCCGGUACACCAGUCCCUGCAGAAUGCAUUUCCAACCCAUUCCAGCUUCCUAGUGGAGGACCUGCUGCGGAUAAGCAGGCCGGCGGGGUACCACCUCAGACGGACGCUCCCCUCAGCAAGCGUCUCCCCGGCGACAACCACCACCACCAUGUCCUUCAGUGCUAUGCCACUGGAGCGCAUCGUCUCUCCAACUGUCUUGAGGCGCGAAUCAUGCGCGCCGAAAACGUCACAACCGAGCAGUAAAGAUCCAACGUAUCUUAAGUUUGGAGUCAGCGCAAUCCUUGCACCAUCACCAAAGACCGCAUCGUUGCCCCCCGCCAUCCACCACAGUAUGCACCCCAAGGCCUUCUCUCUCCCCUACUUCGACGGAUCCUUCCACCCCGCCUUCUUCAGGUCUGCAUAUUUCCCAGCCUCUUCAUCGGUCGUGCCCAUCCCCGGGACCUUCUCUUGGCCACUGGCCAACAGAGGGAAGCCGAGGAGAGGGAUGCUCAGACGGGCGGUGUUCUCUGACGUGCAGCGCAAAGCUUUGGAGAAGAUGUUCCAGAAACAGAAAUACAUCAGCAAACCAGACAGGAAGAAGCUGGCCUCAAAGCUCGGCCUCAAAGACUCACAGGUUAAAAUAUGGUUCCAGAACCGCAGAAUGAAGUGGAGGAACUCCAAAGAGAGGGAGCUCCUGUCGUCAGGAGGUUGUCGAGAGCAGACCCUGCCCACUAAAACGAACCCACACCCAGAUCUCAGCGACGUCGGCAAGAAGUCCUCCGCGGAGGAAGAGGAGGACGAGAUGGAAGAGGACCCAUUCGGUGCUAGAGGCGCGCCUGGCCUUUGCCAUUCCCCCGCGGCGGGGCGCGAGUUGUCUAACAGCGCCGGAUCGAACCUCUCGUCGCCAUCUCUCUCCAGCAAGCACUCGGAGUUCUCAGAAUCGGAUGAAGAAGAAAUCACAGUUUCAUAA